UCCCUGUGUGUUUACCUUCACUGUCACUUGUGUUCCGUAAACCAGGGACAAUGUCUCUACGUGUGUUAGAGCUCAUCUUCUUCUUCUACUUUGCCUCUCACAUCCCCAUCACGUUAUUUAUCGACUUGCAGGCUCUGCUCCCUGGACAUGUGUACCCGCAGCAGCUCAAAGAUCUUCUGACUUGGUAUGCAGAGGAAUAUAAAGACCCCAUGAUGUUGGAUCCUCCGGUCUGGUUCAAGUCCUUCAUUUUCUGCGAGAGUCUGCUGCAAAUUCCUUUCUUUCCCAUCGCAGCGUAUGCUUUCCUAAAAGGUGGCUGUAAGUGGAUCAGGACUCCUGCCAUCGUGUAUUCCACACACGUGGCCACCACGCUGGUUCCGAUCCUAGCCCACAUCCUUUUCUAUCAGUUCCCUAUGAAGCCCCACCCAGGGCCCCAGACUGUGCAGGAGCGCUGGCUGCUGAUCUCCAUCUAUGUUCCUUACCUGCUGGUGCCUGUGCUGCUGCUCCUCACCAUGCUGCUGUCCCCCACAUACAACUCCACCUCCAAGUCUGGGAAUGCAUCAGCCAAGACCAAGAAGAAGAACUGACGCAUCAACAUCGUCUGCCUCACUCUCAAAUCAAAAGAUAUUUUUCUACAUUUCUGAAUGUACCGUUUAUAUGUGGUAUGAAUCGAUCAGAGAAGCUGUGUUUUGUACUGUGGAACAUGGAUUAGAAAGAAUGGGCCAUUGUUAAAGCAGCCAAAUAUAAAUUUAAAAGGAUUGUGGUGGUGGAUCCUGAUUGUGGAUGCCGCUGUCCGUGGUCUAUGAUUAAAACAAAACUGCUUGAUAUACAGUAUGUCUACCCAGAUACUCUUCUAUUACUGACCAUAACUCCUCAAUUCAUUUACUUUCCAUUCUGCUGUGUAAAUACUCUUGUUUUUCUGAUGUUCUCCAUUACACGUGGCAUCUCUUGCUCUUCUGUCCGUCCUUGGAGACUUUUCUAUGAUCCUUUCCCCCUGUUAAUAGGGUUUUCAAUAGUUUGUCCUUACCCGUUUUCAGGUUUAAGGACAGAGGAUGUCACACCUUAUAAUUUGUGAAUAUGGGCUAUACAAAUAAAAUGUGAUUGAUGAUUGAA